UGGUAACUAAACUAGUUUGGUUCCAUCUCACACACUUCUAUUUUCUCCGUCUGUCGCUGUCUCGCUCGUCCUUGCUCUGUUUCCCAGCUUCUGCAGCAGAUCUCUCUUUGUCCUCUCUCUCUCCCUCCUUCCUUUCAGAUCACUAUGGCACAGCAGGAAGCUAGCCCUUCCCCUGGCGCUGAGGUUGUUGGCCGUGCCUUUGUGGAGCAAUACUAUCACAUUCUCCACCAGUCUCCCGGUUUAGUUCACCGGUUUUAUCAGGAUUCCAGCUUGUUAACCAGACCUGAUGCUACCGGUGCUGUGACUACUGUCACAACUAUGCUAGCGAUCAACGAUAAGAUCAUGUCAUUGAAAUAUGAAGACUACACUGCCGAGAUAGAAACCGCGGAUGCUCAGGAGUCUCAUGAGAGAGGCGUCAUCGUUCUAGUGACUGGACGCUUAACCGGGACCGAUAACGUGAGGAAGAAGUUCAGCCAAACUUUCUUCUUGGCUCCACAAGACAAGGGAUACUUUGUCUUGAACGAUGUGUUCCGCUUCCUCGAGGAAAAAGAGGUGACAACGCAAGCCAUCAAUGGAACAACCACCAGAGAUGUUCAGGCUCCUGUUGAGCCAGAACGUGUUGUUGUCAGUCACGAGGCCGAGGCGGAGCCAGAGCCAGUUGCUACUAUUGAGGAGGAGGAAGAUCUUGAGAAUGUGGCGGAGGUGUAUAAUCCUUCUGAUAAAGAUGAAGGAGUUGUUGUUGACGCUGAGCCUAUCGAACCUCCGACUCAGUUGAGUCACAGUGAGGUUCCAUCAGUGCCUCAAGGAGAUGCUCCUAAGCAUUCAUAUGCUUCAAUCCUCAAACUGAUGAAAAGCGGUCCAGCACCAACACAAGUUGCUCGGAGCAAGCCUAGAGUAGCAGCUCCUGUCGUUACGAAACCGAAGCCAGCUGCUCCUCCUGCUGAGCCUGCUGCAGCAGCCGAGAAUGUUCCAAACAGUAGCAAUGUUGAUGUGGAAGAUGAUGGACAUUCGAUUUAUGUUCGGAACUUACCUUUCGACACUACACCAACACAGCUUGAAGAGGUGUUCAAGAGCUUUGGUGCUAUCAAGCAUGAAGGGAUUCAAGUCAGAAGCAAUAAGCAGCAAGGUUUUUGUUUUGGUUUUGUGGAGUUUGAAACGGCUAGCGGGAAGCAGAGUGCGCUCGAGGCCUCACCGGUUACAAUUGGUGAUCGUCAAGCUGUUUUAGAGGAGAAGAAAACUAACAGUCGAGGAGGAGGAAACAAUGGAGGUGGAAGGGGUAGGUACUUUGGGGGAAGAGGAGGCUUCAGAAACGAUAGUUUCAAAGGAGGACGUGGUGGAGGAGGAGGAAGAGGAGGCUAUGGACGAGGUGAAUAUUCCGGUAGACCAAGGAGUUCAAACCCUCGGAACAAUGGAGAAGGUUAUCAAAGGGUUCCUCAAAACGGAGGGAGUGGAAGAGGAGGAGGAGGACAUGGUGGGCCUCGCGGUGGUGCUUCAUCUUAACUUUGCAUGGAACGGCAUCCUCCUCCAUAAGAGGAUAGUUUAUUAUUUUUGUUUUGCACCUUUUCUAUUCUUUUUGCUUGCCGUUACUUGAGAGUUGAGUUUGAUAGUAGUAUUUGGUUUUCUUGGUCGGUUUUUCAUCCUUUGUUUUAAGUCUUCUUUAGAACCUUUCUUCAUAAACAUUCAAUUUCAUAAAAGUCCAUUA